GAACUUUUUGUGUUUGGCUGUGUGCAGCUUGUGAUUCAUGAGAUUGAUGAUGCCGCUGCUACUCCUCUUCAGGCUGGGAAAUUGCUCGCUUUGUAUCUCUCAAGCCCUGAAAACAAGGAAUCCACGAUUUCAAGCUUGAAAGAGUGGUUGGCUGAUUCAGCUAUUGCGAACAAUGCUAUCUUGAGGUUGAUUGCUGGAAUCAUAUUCAUGCAUGAGGAGGAUUACAAUGAGGCUCUGAAACACACUAAUGCUGGAGGCACAAUGGAACUACAUGCAUUGAAUGUCCAAAUAUUCCUCAAGAUGCACAGGUCAGACUAUGCAGAGAAACAGUUGAGGAUCAUGCAGCAGAUUGAUGAGGACCACACACUAACUCAACUUGCAACUGCAUGGUUGAAUCUGGCAGUUGGUGGUUCAAAGAUACAGGAAGCAUAUCUCAUCUUCCAGGAUUUCUCUGAGAAGUACCCAAUGACAGGGUUAAUCUUGAAUGGAAAGGCUGUUUGUUGCAUGCACAUGGGUAACUUUGAUGAAGCUGAAACACUGUUGCUUGAAGCACUAAACAAGGAUGCAAAGGAUCCAGAGACACUAGCCAAUUUGGUUGUAUGCAGUCUUCACAUUGGCAAAUCUUCUUCACGUUAUCUCAGCCAACUGAAGCUCUCACAUCCAGACCACGUUCUUGUUAAACGUGCGUCAUCCGCCGAAGACAACUUUGAAAGAGCAGUUCAGUCAGUUGCUUGAUGUUUUGUGGUUUUGGCGGUAGUUAACGAGGUGAAAGCUGUUGCUUCACUUUUGUCACAGUUGUUUUUCGGGAUUGUGCAAAACCUUUUAUAAAGCCAAGAGAUAUAUACAACUGAACCUGGAAAGUAUGUUUUUGAUGUAGAGCUCAAAUCUACUUAUUAGUGGUAUUUGCCAUAGUCUUGUUUGAUAAAGUUUGUUAUUUUUGCUGCUGCAUGUAAUUGAAACUUGACAGUGCUCUUUUUCUUCUUCUUCU